AUGAAUCAACUUGCACAGAUCUCACAAUUUUCGCGCUUUGCUGAAAGCUUAUCGAUGGACCGCAUCAAGGCGGAGUUUCAAUCCUUUCAGGGCAAAUUAUCCACUCUGCGCCCACCUCAAGAGUUCUUCAACUUGAAAAAGGUAUCCAAGCCUCAAAACUUUGGCGAGGUGCAAUCCAGAGUAUCUUACAACUUGAGAACAUACUCAACAAAUUACGCCUUGAUCGUCAGUUUGCUCAGUAUUUACGCACUGCUAACUAACUUCUUGCUGUUGUUUGUUAUUGUUUUUGUGAUGGCUGGUAUUUUCGGCAUCGGCAAAUUACAAGGCCAAGAUUUGGUUACGCCUAUGGGUGUCUUCAAACCCAGCCAACUUUACACUGGGUUACUUUGCGUUGCUGUUCCAUUAGGAUUUUUGGCCUCACCAUUUUCUACAUUGAUGUGGUUGAUAGGAGCAUCCGCAGUCUCCGUGCUCGGCCAUGCUUCUCUAAUGGAAAAGCCAAUCGAGACUGUAUUCGAAGAGGAGACUGUGUAG